CACACACACACCACUAGCAAGUUCCCUACUGUGUGCAGUGUUUUAUCUGAAUGUAUGCAUGUGUGUGUGUGUGUGUGUGUGUGUUGCUACUCUAAACAGAAAUCCAGCUUCCUCACUUCUCUCUUCUGUCCUCAGGCUGUCAGUUGGCUGACCCCGACCGUUACCGUUCAGUACAGCUCUGUCUCCUUGACAACUGGUUGUCACGAAGAUGUCGCACUCACCACGCACCUGACAUCAGGAAGAAGGAAGCGCAAGGAAUUCAGACAGGAGGCGCCUUGACAGUGAACGAGAGGCAGGAGAGAACCCGACAGGCAGCACAAAGGAGGAGAGGAAGAGGAAGGGAAGAUGAGAAAGUGACAAGCUGGAUUGUUGCUUUUGAACGGCGGACGAAGAAUCUACAACGACGCAGUGACUACACGUCCCAUCAUCCUACAGGCCCCAGAUCUGAUUGGAUGGUUUUGUCAGAAUGACAGCCGAAGAUCCUGCUUCCCCCUCGACCAUGAGCAAUAACGCUGCCCCCUCCAAACCCUCUGGUGCCUCCCACCACUCUCUUCAUGGACAGAUCAACAUCCCUGAGGGAGUUGCAGGUGCUCCAAAUGAGGCUGCACUGGUCACCCUGAUGGAGCGCACUGGCUACACUAUGGUCCAGGAAAAUGGUCAGCGUAAAUAUGGCCCUCCUCCUGGUUGGAAUGGUGCAUCUCCACCACGGGGAUGUGAAAUCUUUGUAGGCAAGAUCCCACGGGAUGUUUAUGAGGAUGAGCUGGUCCCAGUGUUUGAGUCGGUAGGACGCAUCUAUGAGAUGCGGCUGAUGAUGGACUUUGACGGGAAGAACCGAGGGUACGCAUUUGUGAUGUACACAGAGAAACAUGAGGCCAAGCGGGCUGUACGCGAGCUCAACAACUAUGAGGUGCGGCCCGGGCGGCUGCUGGGGGUCUGCUCCUCCGUGGACAACUGCCGUCUUUUCAUUGGUGGCAUCCCCAAGACCAAAAAGCGUGAGGAGAUCCUGGAGGAGGUCUCCAAGGUGACAGAAGGGGUACUAGACGUGAUAGUUUAUGCCAGUGCUGCAGACAAGAUGAAGAACAGAGGCUUUGCCUUUGUAGAGUAUGAGUCUCACCGUGCAGCUGCUAUGGCUCGCAGGAAGUUGAUGCCUGGACGCAUUCAGCUUUGGGGCCACCAGAUCGCAGUGGACUGGGCUGAGCCAGAGAUUGAUGUGGACGAAGAUGUUAUGGAGACAGUGAAGAUCCUCUACGUCAGGAAUCUUAUGAUGGAGACCAGUGAGGAGAUGAUCAGACAGGUGUUCAGCCAGUGGAAUCCUGGAUGCGUUGAACGUGUGAAGAAAAUCCGUGACUACGCCUUUGUUCACUUUACUUCCCGGGACGAUGCUGUCCUGGCCAUGGACCACCUCAACGGCACAGAGGUGGAAGGGUCCUGCAUCGAGGUGACACUUGCCAAGCCAGUUGAUAAAGAGCAGUACUCCCGCCAGAAGGCCUCCAAGGGAGCUUCUGCCACUCCAGAGGCUACUCCACAGAACUACGUUUACCAGUGUGAUCCCUACACAUUGGCCUACUAUGGUUAUCCCUACAACACCCUCAUUGGACCCAACAGGGAAUACUUCGUCAAAGGAUCCCCAAUGAUACAGAACAAUGCAGGUACUGUGCGAGGUCGUGGUCGUGCUGCUGCAGGUAACCGUACCCCUGGACCACGGGGGUCGUACCUGGGGGGUUAUUCUGCAGGUCGUGGCAUCUACAGCCGCUACCAUGAGGGCAAGGCCAAGCAGCCCGAAAAGCCCUAUGAGCUGAUGCCCAGUCUGGAGCUCGCUGCCUCUGUCAACCCCGUUGGCAUCAAACCUGGCACAAUGGGAUUGCAGACUCUAGGUGGGCAGUACCCAGUGUUCAGCACGGCUCCUGCAGCCAAGCUGAUGGAGGAGGGGAAGAUGCACACGGUGGAGCACCUUAUAAACCCUCUGGCCAUGCAACACCCUGAACACACCACCGCUACUGCUGCUGCCACCGUCCUACCUGCGGUCUCUACCCCUCCACCUUUUCAGGGCCGUCCAAUCACUCCUGUCUAUGCCAUGGCCCACAACAUACAGCGUAUCCCAGCAGGCGGUGGCCUGUAUGGCGCUGGAUACGUCCCCAUCACAAACUACGCUGCCAACACAGCAGCUCUGGCCGCUCUGCAGAAGAAUGCAGCGGUAGCUGCAGCAUAUGGGGGAUACACAGGCUAUGCGGUGCCACAGGCCUUCCCUGCCACAGCCUUCCAGCUGCCCAUCCAUGAUGUCUACCAGACAUAUUGAUUCUGAGGGUCAGACCACAUGAAACAACAACAAAGUUACCCUGCCUUUGACUGACUACCGCAACAUCACAACAGCGUGCAGUCUGUUCCAUCAUACAGAAACAUCACUUGAACUUGUGAACAUCCAAAAGCUGUAAAGGAAUGUUGUCUGAAGCAAAUAUUUAGAAAACAGACAGUGAAACAAUGACAACCUGACAUCUCAUAUCUGUCCCACCUACUGGCCUCAGUAUAUCCUGGACCCAAAGCAACCAUAUGACAGGCUUACUUAUCAUUUUCUACAGAAAAUUAUAACACACAUAGAGGACAGUCCACUUACUGAGGUAACCUACCUGUAUGUGGUGACAAUUGUCCCCCAACAACAAGCAUGACUCACAAUAACAAUAUUCUCUCCCACUCCCAUCUCUCUGUCUUGCUCUCUCUCUCUGUGUCUCUGACCCCUGCCACAUUGUUGCUAUGGCAACAGAAACACUGAAGGUACGUUCAAGUAUUUAUGAAGAGAAGAUACAUAUUUAAGGUUUUAUUCUCUGUAGGUUUCUCUUUUUAUUGGGAUGGUAUCUGUUCUCUAAAGCAGGAAAGCUAGACCUUUACACUAUAUCUAAAGAAAUCUUUUUAAAGUGUAAAAACUUGGGGGUAAAAAGAACGAAAAGUCAAAUGAAAGAAACAGGAACCACUGACAAGAGAGGAUCCCACUGAAGACAACUGUUUUUGGAUAUACUAAUGUUUUUAGUGUUUUUUCCCCCAUUAAUAUAUAGUAUUUUAGCCAAUUCUACAUGCUGUAGGUGAUGCUGUCCGUCCAUGCUGGUUGAAUAUAUGCUUUAAACAUGCUUGUUUGGUACUUUUUGGUUUAUUUAGUUUUAUUUGUGUUUUGGUUGUUUUAAAUGAAGGUUCUAUAUGUUGUGUUCAUUUGCCUAUAAUUAGUUUGCUUGUUUUUAUGUCUCCUCUUUAGCUUUUAGAAACAUAUAUAUAUUGGUUUGUUUGAAGAAGAGUUGCCAGCUAAAUAAUAUUAUUGUGACAGAUUCCUUGGGGAACAAUAACUAGAGAAAGAAAACUGGAAAGCUUUUUCAAUGAUGGGCAACAUGGUUUAUCUAUAAGCCUGACAGACAGCUACAUCAUGUAUAUGGAGAUGUUUCUCAUCCUCAGAAACUGCGCUGUCAGGGGACUAAGACUGAACGGAUGUUAGUUGUCGUUUUUUUCUUCUCAUUUAUGUAUAUCUUUAUUAUUGUUUUUUUAUUGUUUGAUUCUUGAAAGGUGAACAAAUAUGGACAGAAAUGAGAGACAUUUUUCUAUAUGGACUGGAGCACUCUGUCACUUAAAGCGCUCCUGCAUUUGCCAAUGCUAACCAAAUAACUUAAGGCUACAAACACUCCAGUCUCAUGAUAUUAGAACGAUUCUCUGUGCCUGACUACAGUGCCUUACAUCUGAUUACUGUAUGUGCUACCCUAUGCUUUUCACUGUGCAUUUCAUAAGCAAAGCCCCUGUGGCUGGCACAAAGAUGAAAGACUUACAUCUGUGCGUAGCACUGGAGUUUUCUCCAUUCAUAUUUCCAGUGAACCAAAUUUGUGGUAUUACUGUAUUGUGAUGAGACAAGUAGGUUUCAGUCUCUGCAGUCAGAUGUGACAAGGCUACCUCUCUCCUGUAGUCUCUUCUCUGAAUGCUCCUGCAGUAACACUCCGUAUGUCUGUCUCCUCUUUAUUUCUCGUCCUCCAAACUGUGCUUGACCGAGGUGCACUUAAACGUAUUUAUAAAAGGCAAGAGAUUGCAACUUUCAGAUGAAGAGAUAUUAAAUACUGAAUUGAAUUCACGUGUGAACUGGGCUAGUUUGGUGUUUUUCAAUGUCUGUAUGUGUGCGGAUAAAGCAUAAAACAUAAAAUAACCCUGAUGAAUGUUUAGUAGGCACUUUUUAAACUCUGCAGUGUGUUGAAAACAAGUGUAAUAUUGGACUGGGAAUAACUGGAGCAAUACCUCACGCUCAAAUAUACGAGUAGCCAUGCAUGUAUGUACCACAACACACAAACAUAACGGAUGCGAGAUCAUCAUGAAGUCACACUCUACAACAGCCAUCUUUAUAUGAGAGCAUGCAAAACAUUUGUAUUUGUAAACCAGUUCUAGUAGUUUGGAAUUUUCAAAUCCAAUUUUAUUUUUAUUCUCUGUGUUUAAAGGGGAUUUUAUUUGCUCAUUUUCCAUCAUCUCCUCAGAUUUUUGACUACGUUUUACACAUAAAACAACAUGAUGAGUUUGCCUUUAAAGGAUGGCCUGGAUUUUGAGAUUGUGAAAGAGAUCACGACUAAGUUUUUGGUCCAAGAAGUUAAAUGAAAAGAUUGAUUAUCCACAGCAAACAAGACGUAUUUGUUUGCGCGUCAUCUCACUCCAUCAUCUACAUUUUUGCUACUUCUCUCCCCUCUGAAACUGGAUUUGAUGUAGAAAACAAACUACUGAUAACUGCUUUUAUUAUUUUCUUGUAUGAUGACAAUAAGUCAGGAUAUAUUUAAUAUAUGCAUUACGUGUGUUGUCUAUGAAGUGAGAAGAAAAGGUAUAAUAUAUUCUAAAACAUAUAUUCUUUUCUUUAUUUACACCUUGUUUAGGGAUAAAGAAGUCAGAGUAACAAAAGUAGAAAAAAAAAGAUUUUUUGCCAAAGUGUCCAAUAGUUUUUAAAAAUUCAAGGUUAUUGUGUUUUUGUUAUGUGUGAUAUUAUAUUUGUUCUUUUGAACUGGAUUUGGUGUUAUGAGUGGGAACAAAGGCCUUCUCGUUCAGCUACAUUUUAUCAGUUUCAACAGCAAAGACUAAAACUGGUCCAUUGUGUGUGUUACAACCCAUUGGCACUUUAAGCUGUUGGUGUUGCAACUCCGAAUGUCAGUUUUGGCGAAACUGUUAAAGGUCUAAUCGUGAUUUAACUGCCAUCCAAACUUCAUGUGUUAGAUGGCAGAAAACUGUGUCCUUCUGGUUCUGCCUCCCUUUCAAAACAUCUGCUUUACUUUCUAUUGCCUGCAUUUCACCCACACUACAGCAGAUGGAUGAACUCCUCCUGCUCCUUGUGUCAGUGGUGUGGAGCUACAUAUGCCUAGUUUAACAUAGGUGUUACCAUUUAAACUCUUCUUAGUGUGUGCCUUAUUGCCAAAAUGUGCCCUUUGCUAUACCUUUGUAGACCUAUGCAGAAUGUUUUCUAUCUUAAGGUUUGUUAAAAAAAAAAAGCUUGUUCGGUAUUGUUAUAUUUAUAGUGAUAAAGUAGAUAAAUAAAGCAUUUUCAAAAGGA